AGCAGAAGAAGAAGAAGAAGAAUAAGACGCGAAAAAUGGCGUCCUCCGUUGCCCGGUUUUCCUCACGCUGGCUAUCAACAUCUGUUUCUUCUGCUUAUCGUAACAGUGGUUUUCCAAGUUUCCCUGCCAGCUUUGCAGGAGUUUGUUCAGCAACAUUACCGCAGACGCAGCGGGGCGGGAUAGCAUUUGGCUUUAGCUCCUGGACACACGGAAAGUCGGUGACAUUGAGAGGACUGACAGGCUUGAGAUGUCCCUGUUGCAUUACCAGUCACUCUUUUCACACCAGCAGCUAUUUGUCAAACAAGGACGACUUCUAUGGAGUCUUGGGUGUCUCCCGAACUGCCACACAGAAAGACAUCAAAAAGGCUUAUUACCAGUUAGCAAAAAAGUAUCACCCAGACACAAGCCCAGAUGACCCAGACGCCAAAGAGAAGUUUGCUAAACUGGCUGAAGCCUAUGAGGUUCUGAGUGACGAGGUGAAGAGGAAGCAGUAUGACACGUACGGAGCAGCAGGCUUCGACCCAAGCCGAGCUGGACAAAGCCAGCAGCAGUACUACAGAGCCGGGGGCAGCAGUAUAGACCCCGAGGAGCUCUUCAGGAAGAUCUUUGGAGAGUUUUCUGGAGGAAUGGGCUUCGGAGACAUUCACAACAUGUUCGAGCAAAGACCCGAGUAUGUGAUGGAGCUUACGUUUGCAGAGGCUGCAAAGGGUUCGAAUAAGGAACUGAAUAUUAACAUUGAUGACAACUGCCCGAGGUGUGGUGGAAAGGGCAGCGAGCCGGGCACCAAGGUGUCUCAUUGUCACUAUUGUAACGGCACAGGCAUGGAGUCAGUCAACACGGGUCCUUUCAUGAUGCGUACGACCUGCAGACGCUGUGGGGGGAAAGGAUCGAUCAUAACCACACCCUGCGCGCUGUGCAGAGGUUCAGGCCAGAUGAAGAAGAGGCAGACGGUCAAUGUACCUGUACCUGCAGGAGUGGAAAAUGGUCAGACUGUGCGCAUGUCAGUAGGCAAUAAAGAAAUCCUUAUUACAUUCAGGGUGCAUAGAAGUCCAGUAUUCAGACGUAAUGGAGUGGACAUCCAUUCAGACGUGUUGAUCUCUAUAGCUCAGGCCAUCCUGGGGGGCACAGCCACAUCACAGGGCCUCCACGAAACCAUUAGUAUAGUGAUUCCUCCCAGUUGUCAACCUGAUCAGGUGAUCCGGCUGCACGGGAAAGGCAUUCGGAGGAUGAACACCUACAGCUAUGGAGAUCACUACGUUCACAUCAAGAUCAAAGUGCCAAAGAAGUUGACUCAUAAGCAGCGCUCUCUGCUGCUCAGUUACGCUGAAGAGGAGAUGGAAGUUCAGGGGACGGUCAAUGGUGUCACUCCUUCUCCAGGAGGGGGCAGCAGCACAGCAGGUUCUGGUGCAAAGGCGACCAGCUCAGAGGAGGAACAAGAAACGCAGAAACAGCAGCAAGAGGAGGGAGGCUUUUUCUCCAAACUAAAGAAACUGUUAAGCUGACACUCUGAUAAACAGGUGCAAAACAUGAUUAAAUGUGGUAAAGGAGGAGAAGAAAUCCACAGUCUUGGACUCCAUGCUGUCUCCUGUGGUGCUGAGGAUUGAGUGAGGAGGAGGAACAGAGAGGCAGAGGGGUAUUUGUGUUGACACAGUCGCACAUUGUUGAAGCUGCGGUUGGCAAACAGGCCCGUCAACGCAGACAGGUGCUGAGCCGAUAAACUCAAGAACUGCUGGAAGAGGAACAAGAAGACGACUACAGAGGGCUAUUGUGGAAUAAAGUGCACCACUCACUGAGUCACAAAGUGCUCUGCAUACAGUAACUGUUUAAAAAAAGAAAGUGAGGUGAGUCAGUUUAAGUCAGACAAAAAAGGUCAAAUUAUAAAUUUAGCUACAAGAGAAAAUGACCAGCCACUGAUCUCGGAUGGCUCUAAUUUCUCCACCGAUAUUUCAUGAGGCUUUUUAAGCACUUAAACCUUUUUAACACAAACAAUUCUUAUAAAACCAGCACAUGCUGUUGUGUACCACAGCACAGCUUGGUAACAAAAAAACAAAGGACACAUAGAAUUGUGGAUUUUAAAUUCACUAAACAUCCUGGCCCAUAAAGUCUAUCAGGAGGUUGUUAAAUAUUUAAUGAUGAAAUAAAGUAUGAAGUGAAGAGAGAUUUGUGAACGUCUCAGUCUGACUUGGUUGUAGUUGGUAUGAUUUAUGUAUGAGUGGCAAUAAAAUGUUGAAAAGGAAUGAAUA